AUGAAACUAACACUUGAGAAAGUAGCCCGGCCCCCCCCACCCCCCGCCCGCCCCCAGUCUGCCUACUUAUUUUUGAGUAUCAGCGUUAUUGUUUCCAAAAGUGUUGUCACUCCUCUAAAUGUUCCAUAUUUGGCCAGUGGAAGCACCUUUAAGCUUAUUUAUGGGUCAUUUUGCUCUAUGCCUAUCAGUCUUUGGGCAUGUUCUUGGUUUUUGCCAUUAUGUUCUAAGUUUGUCAUAUACUUUUCCUGCCCCAGACUGGGAACUGGCUACUUCUCCAAGGAGCCCUGGUUUCUCUUCAUGAGGAAUGGUAUUUGGAAAUCAAGAUCUGGGUGCUGCUGGGGUGUUAAUUGCUCCUUGGCCCUUUCAGAGAACAGAGCCAGGCAAUGCAUUUUUUAUAAAUUCAUGUUGAUGUAUGGCAAAAACCAUCACAAUAUUGUAAAGUAA